GCCGACGACUAUAAAUAGAGAAUGCCAUCAUCGAAAUCGAUCAAAAGUAGCAGCAAAUCUGCAACAUGAGGACGUUCUGCUUUGCUUUGACGAUUCUCUGCGCCUUCCAGAGCAUUCUGGCGUACCCGCGGCCAGACUUUGCCAUCAAUGGGACAGUGGCAACCUCGGUUACGGUGAGAACAGCUGCGAACGAGCUUGGUGCGAAGAUCAUUAACGCUGGUAAUGGUACCGUGGAGCUCACCUCCGGAUACACAGAGCUAACGACUCUCAGAACGGCUCUACAAUUCAUCGGUGAUGAGAUCGUCCGAGUCGCUGGCCCCCUGGCCUCGCAGCUGACCAAUCUGUCCACUGAUAAUGUUGGUCCGAUCGACACAGUGUACGGUGCUAUUAAUACCACUAUUCUCCAAUUCGAAGCAUUGAUUAGUGGAGGAUUAAACGGCACGAUCGCCAAUAUCACCACAGCCACGGGUAAUUACACCUACAUUGCGAAGCAGUUUCACGAUACGUUCAACAAUACGAAAACCACGCUGGGCGAGCUGAGGAUGGCACUCGAGCAGCUUAGAUUGAAUGUGACUAAGGCAAAGAGCAUGGCCGGUACAGCCAAUCCCAUACCGCCUGCCAUCAUUCUAACGUACGUUCCGGCCACAACCGUUAACGCAGUGAUCGCACAGAUCCGCAUCUUGCGUGAUCGCGUUUCGACCAUGACGUUCGUCAUCGACAGCUCGCUUGAAAAUCUUAAGUUUGCGGACCGAUUCAUAUUCUCGUUGAAGGAUGAAAUUGUGCGUAAUGCCGAUAGAUAUCCACUGUCAUACCAAGCGUUCCAAAUCAACCUCGGAGUGGAACAAAGCAAAGUUUAUUCAAUACUAGCAACCGGUCCCGGGUGCACCAUCAAUUUCAACAUUAGCAUUCAAAACGAGCUAGAAGCUAACCAACAGUACACGGACAAUCUGGCACCGAAGCUCAAUAACCUGUAUGUUGCCUACGAGGCGAUUGCUACUGAAGCUGAUAAAACGAACACAUCAUUCGCUGCGUACUCUGGGAAGGUGCCGACGCUGAUCGGCAACCGUACCACCGAGCUCGCCUUAAGCCUCUGCCCCUCGCUUCGAACGGUAUUGCAGGUGCAGAUUGCCAACGCUGGCUAUUCGGACUUUUGCUUCAGCAAGUACUCGUCGAUUGUGUUGUCGCAAGCUGCACUCACCAUCGACGCGUUCGACGUGUGCUUCGAGAAGGAGUUGCUUCGCCUGAUGAACCUCUCAACGAUUAUCGAGCGCAUGCUCAUGCAACUUUCGUUCAACACAGCCGAUCUUCUCAGUAAUCUGCAGGUGUGCCUUAGGAUCGCCGACCCGACUGCCGAGGGUGCAUGCUACACAAAGAUCGCUCCGUACUAUGCAGUGCUGGCCACGAAAGUCACAGCUCAUACAGCGACGGCCAUCAAUCUGGUGAAUGCUGAAACCAAGGCCAGCUACAACCGUCUCGGUGCCUGUCUCUACUCAUCGCUGUCAGUGACGGCUGUGAGUGCGGAAGAGAUUUCUGCGGAGGCUUCGAAGUGUCUGGAUGUCGGACCUCAAUGAUAGCAUUUCUUCUCUAAACACUACACUCUAAACAUACAAUACGAAGGUUCAAUCAUUGGAAAUAUAGUGCAAUGAUGACGUAAG